GUAUAAUCUGAAAUACACCGAGUCUUCAAACCUGUAUUUAGCUAGUGUGCGCAAAGGCUGUAAACAGAGUGACAAGAUGGCUGAUUCGUCGUGCCUAAGCUAUCUCCACACGCCACCUGUCAAACCCUAUAGAUAUACCACAAUAGGGAAGGUGGCACAAGAGAAUGCCCGUCAACGUCCGAACCAGGAAAUUUUUGUUCUUCGAGAAUUCGACGGGUCAAGGUUCGUUUUGACCAAUGCCAGUCUAUAUGAACAGGCUGACCAACUGGCAAGGUACCUUGUGUCACAAGGAGUUAAGAAGAGCGAUAUGGUGGCCCUUAUAGGUCCAAACACCCUCGAGAUGCUUGUGGGAAUUCUGGGGAUACUCCUGGCUGGGGCUGCGGUAUUGCAUUGCACUAUUAAUAUGAAAACAGCUCUUGAUGUGAAGAAACUGUUUCAGAUCAGUGGUGCGAAGUAUAUUUUAGUUGACCAAGGAAAGGACGAUUGUCUUCUUGCUCCUAUGAAGGCAAUGUUGGAGCAUUGCAAUGUGCAAAUGGAUGAUAGAAGAGAGGAAGAUCGGAUUAACGUAAUCUUCCUCCGCGAAACUAAUCUGGAGGGUUUUACCAAGACCAACACCUUGACUGCAGUAUUGUCAAAGGAUACGAAGGGAGUGGAACUUCCAAGCAUCUUCCCUGAUGAUCCCGCUAUCAUUUAUACAACAUCUGGGAGCACAGGAGAUCCAAAACUGGUCCUCCAUUCACAUUUUAGUUUCGCAAGUUUCCCCUUUUCUUGGGUGCCGACUUCAGUGGAUUAUGAAAUGAAAAUGUACAACGAUCGACCUUUCAGCUGGGUUGGAGGUUCUCCAAUCCUGGACAUACUCGGAAGUAACACAAGGGUUUUCAUGGACGUGGCUAUAACGAUGAACGGUAAACAUGCAGAUUUACUAUGGCAGGUGAUCAAGGAAGAACGAUGCACGGAAGCUUUGUUCUUUCCAUAUAUCAUCCAGGAUCUUCUUGAGUUACCACCAGCUCUCACGAACGAUGGGUUUAGACUUCGUCACGUGUCCACCGGAGGGCAAAUGAUUGACAAUUUCUAUACACGUAUAACUGAACGAUUUUGUCACAGCGUUUUAGUUGUUUACGGGUGCACGGAAUGCAUUCCUAUUGCCCGGCGCGGCCCCGUGUUGCAAGGAGAGGUUUUAAAAGCCGGGGACGUCGGUCUGCCCUAUAAUGGGGUAGAAGUUCGAGUAGUCAACGCUCAGCAGAUGCCACUUCCCAUGGGAACCGUGGGUAAGGUUCAAGUCCGCACACCGUAUGCGAUGCAAUGUUACAUUGGCAACGAUGAAUUAACAAAGGGAGUGUUCACUAAGGAUAAGUGGUUUAGAACGGGUGAUGUUGGUGAAAUUUCCCAAAAUGGACAUCUAAUACUGAUUGGAAGAGAAACUGACGCCAUCUCUAGAGGCACGCGCAAAAUAUACCCUGGUAUGCUGGAGUACCUUCUCAAGAAAAUGAAGGCGGUCAAAGAUGUCUGUAUUGUAGCUGUACCAGACAAGAGACUUUACGAAGAAGUAUGCGUGUGCUUCACAACCGGUGAGAAUCUCAUGCCAGAGGAUGUGAAGCAGUUCUGUCAGGAGAACCUAUUCGUUACAAACACUUUGGACAGUCUUGGAGAAAUGCCAAAGUAUUUUUUGGUGUUUGAAGAAUUCCCCAAAUUAACCAACGGGAAAACAAACAAACGAGCUGUUGCAGAAAAAGCCACCUUGAAAUUAGGUUUAGCGAAAGUUCGUGAACACGAAGAUGCCUUAACGAUUUGAAAACCCCCAAAUACUGUAAUUUAAGUACAGACAGAGUUGUUACAGAUGGUCAAUCAAAAUAUUUCAUUAAGCGGAAAAAGCAACUACGAGUGUCGAGACCUCGUAUAACAUAUUGAAACUUAUCUAGGAUCGUUUAAUCUCGGAGCAGCCGAUAUGAUUUGGUGUCAUCAACUGGAAAGUGCGAACAAAGACUAUAUAUACAGAUCAUUAAAUAGACAUAUGUGGGUUUUAUUUACACUAUGUAUAAACUAUCUAUUCAUUAACAUACACGUAUACGUUGUUGUAAAAUCUAAAAUUUAUUAAUAUGUUUUAGUUGGAUGUUAAAUGUAGUAUCUUAGCAGAAAGUGUAGUUAUCUCCCUUCCUGACCUGAAUGAAAAUAAAAAUCAAGCAAAUUGUUCUUUUCCACGUAGUCACGGGUUCUCUGAAAGUCCCAAAACAUGGUGGCUAUCAAACAAACUAUUUGAACUGUAUUGCUACCCUCCGUAAACACUCAGUAUCAACAUUUUAAACUGGAAAUGUGUUGUAUUGGAAAUAAGUUAGAUUCGGAAUAUUUCUCAGGCAUAUUUAUAUAUGUACAUGUAGGUGGCAGAAUGCAGCUUAUCACGGAAAUGUCCUGUAUGUCAAUAAAUGUUUGUAUUUUGUAUGAUUUUGACUCAUUCCAAUACCCAGUAGGUGGUAUAUUGUACUUUUUAUAUGUAGCGUUUGUUUUAGACAUCCUCUAACAUUUUUACUUUCAUGUUCACUUACAAUUCAAGAUACAAGUACGUCUGUUCAUAAUGCAAUAAACCCAGCGAACAUAAUAAAAAAUCGAUUUUUUCAUUAUGUAAUCAGUUAAAAAUCUGUCAUAAAAUUAAAGUUCUGUACACGUUAUAAUUGAAAUAAUUUUUAUAGCAUGAUAAGUAGACAGAGAAACUCUUUUCCAUAUUUUUUUUAUUAAGAAUGUGACACGUUGGGUUAAAUUCCAUCUCAUUGCCACAGAAAAUUAGAAGUAGUGUUUUAAAGCAAACCCUUAAAACCCACAUUUACCACAAAAAUUUCACGUUACCCAACGGUGUUCCAAAUCUGUAAAAACAUUGGUCAUGAUUUUUCAUAAUUCCAUAUUUCAAUCUUAAAUGAUACAAUAACGCAUGCAAUUUGUGGUUUUCUGUCUCCCUCGUCACAAACACGACUGCGAAAGCUGAUCUCUAACCUUCCAUCAUGCAUAUUGAUCUCUCAGAGUUACUGCCCUUCGCUUCAUUCGAUCAUAAUAGCAAUAUAUUUUUGAUGUCGCUAACUUGCUCGAGUAUUUUAGGCAAUAGUGUCUGAAGACGCAUCACAAGUACCCAUGGUGUUUGUUUAAAACGUACAACUGUCUGUCGAGCUGUCUUUGACGCGACAGUAAUAUCGUCAGAACUGUCAUUUUUCAUGUAUGGAAAUGAAACUUCGUAUGUUAUGUAGUAUGAUCAUAUAUUUUUAUGUCACUUUAUUUAAUAAUUCAUGAUUAAGGAAAGUUAAACUCUCCAUUACUCAGUUUACUAAGUAAAAAGGUAUAUGUUGUGAUCAUAUCUAUGAUGUCGUAAACUCUAUUUAUUAUCAUAUUUUUCUGAAGAGUCCGUCAAAAUUACUUAAUGAAAUAAUCCCUAAUACUAACCUAACCCUUACAUCUUGGUCGGUGUUAUAACGCCUGCUCUUUUUCGAAAAGCCACAGAGGGAUCUUUAUUAUGCGAGUUGGGCAUUCUCACACGGGCCACCAUUUUAAGUCCCAUCCGAUGGACUAUGGGUUAUUUGUUAGUAGUUAGUAUGGUACUGGUGGUGAUCUGUUUAUUUGGUGUCCAUGCCAGUGUAAUUCUUCUUUCCAUUUCCAUCUGCCACUCUAUAUACUGUUCACUUUUUCAUACUUUCUGUAAUCCAUAUUGUUCCUUUCUUCAUGUAACUGUGCACUUUCUGACAUUUAUCAGAUUACCUUUUGUGAUUGUGAGGUUAGUAUCGGGAGAGAUUGGAGGUGUUAGUAGGAAUUUACUAAGACGUUAAUGAAGUAGACUUGUUACGAUGUAGCUUAUUGAUCGAAUGAGUGUUAUGAGAUGAUUUUAGAUUUCCUAUGUUAAAGGGUAGCGAUGGUAGGAAAGGACGGCUACUACUGGGGGAUGUAGGAAAGAUGGAUCAGUAGGAAUUGUGCGGACUAUAGAAAUGGUUAAGGGGUCUAAAAUAUAUACUAGUAUGUACAACCCGUGAUUUAUGUUGAAGUACUUUUUGUAUAAUGUGUGAGAAGGGAUGGGGUUGGGAAGGUGCUAGGGGUAGGCUGGGAGGGGGUCUUGUAUAGCGUUUAUUUGGUUUGUAUGUGCAUUGUGUUGUGUUGUAUGUAUAGUUGCGUGUUGAGUUUAGUUGUGUGAGAUUUAAGAUUUUGAAUUAAACAAUCAUGUAUAAUCAUUAUACAGAACUGUUCCUACCCAUUGCCCUCACCAACAUGGCUCUAUAUGCUACAAGCCAGUGUACAAGACCCGAAUCCGACUGUAAACCAGACCAUAUCUGUUGUACCCAGAGGCCUCCUUUAUGUUUAAUAUAUACUAGACGUAGAGUCUUAAAUGUGGAAUUUUUUUGUUUAUUUUUCUUCCUGUUUAGUCGUUUGGGAUGGCGUGUUUACUUGUGUGUGCUGUUUCAUUUAUUGGUACCGUUUCGUAUUAUUUCACAAAUAUAAAUACUGGGGUGGGGCACAGAGGAUGACACUACAUACCUCAUGAGGGGUCAGUUUGCACCAAUGAAUGGAAGGUACAGAAAUUGAGAUUUCAACUUUACUGCUUGUUUUGAAAAGAUUUAUUAUGAAUCUUUUUUUGUUUUUGUUUUUGUUUUUUUUGUUUUUGUUUUUUUUUUUAGAAAAAUGGUAUAUAAAGACAGCAACGCUAAUUAACUAUAAUUGAUACAAUAUUGCAAUUCAAAAUAUUCCAUAAUACAACCAUCGUAUAGAAUAUAUCAAUUGAUACGUUAUAAUGUUAUAAUUACAAUAAUCAGAUAUCAAAAUAGAUACAAUAUGCAUUUUCUAGCAUUUGAAACACUUAGGAAAAGUAGAAAUACGUUUCUCUGAUUUACCUGACUUUCAGGACUUGGUAUAAGAAGAUAAUUAUGUCGGCGGGCAUCGCAUGUAGUACAUUGUAUAUCAUUAUACUAAACUAGCAAAAAAAAUACGGACUUGUUGCUUUAAUAAAAUAUGAUGUUUUUAUUCAUAA